UCUCUCUCUCUCUCUCUCUCUCUCUCUCUCCAAUCUUUCCUUCUCUCUCUCUUUGGCUUCUGGCUUCAAGAUUGAGCAUACGCGUAUCCGUUAGUCAAAGAUCGUAUCCGUUGACUCCAAUACGUAUCCAAUGCGUAUUGGAGCGUAUCCGAUGCGUAUCGUAUCCGACUGCGUAUCUGAUACGGGAUACGGACCUAAGUCAGCGUAUCCAUGCUUCUUGGUUGAAAACGCAAUGUCGUUGUUUUUUGGAUGGGGAAAACGAUGUGUCGUUUUAUUGUCACAUGUACAAACAAUUUGGAGGGAAAUUCAGUUAUUCUUUCAGAGCUCCCUUCUUCUUCCUCAUACGCAUUCUCUGUCCUUCUUCCUCAUACCCAUUCUCAUUCUCUCUCUCUGUGCAAUUCUGCAAUUCUGCAACUCAAGAUCACAGAAAAUUCUCAGAGUGAAAGAUGAACGGAGAAGAAAUCUUCAACGAACUCCUCCUGCAAAUGCUAUCAUCGGGCAUUGGAUUGCUGGUGUGGAGCUUGAACAAAUGAAAGAAAGAGUUAGCUCCUUGGAAGGUGAAGUUGGUGGACUGAUGGCCCAGCUGUCUGCAUAUGUUCCUGUUGUAGCCUCAUUGAGAGAGAAUGUAGCAUCUCUUCAGCACAAUGCCGUUCUUAGAACAAAGCUUCUUGUGGAAAGCAAUCAACAAUAUAAGGAUAUUGAACCACAAAAUUAUCUACGUCAAAAGAGCUGUCAGGAUUCCAGAGAAGAUCGAAGCAUAUUGGUACCAGACGGAAUUUCAGAAUUGGAAAAAAUGCAGACUAUGAUCAAAGAAGUUGAAAAGAUGUUUGUAGAAGAAACAGAAAGGCUUGCAAUUGAAGCAGUUGAAAAGGCAAUGGUGGAAGAAAUGGAAAGGAUUGCAACUCAGGAAAGUACAAAAAACAGCAACAUCAAAGUGGAGGUUUCUGUGGAGAUCGAAGAGCUAAAAUCAGAAGGUACCUCACUUCAAGGAAAAGGCAGUAAAAGUGAAGAGCUGAAACUUGUGAAUGAGUUUACUGAUGAAAAUCUCAAGUUGCAGAGGAUGAAAUCUGAUAAUGGGACUUCGAUGAAAGAUAUUCCGCUUGAUCAUGUUUCAGAUUGUUCAUUUUAUGGAAGAAGCGGGAGAGAUAAUGGUGGGGCGGAUGAUCAAAUGCUUGAGUUAUGGGAAACUGCUGAACAACACUGCCGUCAGGAUCCAGUGACCAGUGAGAUAUAAAAUCAGGCAUCUGCAC